UUCGUUCAGCCCUUCCACCUCUGCUAGAGAUGAAAAAGGCUCCUCUGGCUGCCAUUGCCAAGGCGCCUGUCUGUCCUUGACCCUCUGCUGCAGCACCCUGUGCCAUCACAGGGCAGGAUGAGAAGUCAGAGGGUCACUUGGAUAUCAGGGCAGCCAGCCUGGCCCUCGCCCUUCACUGUCCUCUGAUUCCAGAGGUGCUUCCAGGAUACCGUGAGGCCUCCCACCCUGCCUCCUCCCUCUUCCUGGAGCCACCGGAGGGGCUGGGCUGGGAACUCACCAUGGGAAGCACCGACUCAGUACAAACCACAGUGGGUAAACAAUUACGGGUGUGAUUGCAGCCCAAGUUCCACUUCCCCAGCGCUUUAACGGCGAAGCAGAGCUGUGCGAGGGCAGAGGGGAGGAGAGGAGAGGAAAGGAGAGAGUGCCCAGACACUCGGAGAGGCAGAAGCAGGGUCCGGAGCAGGACGCCGCGGGCAGGAGCAGCAAUGGGGGACGCCUUCAUCCGGCACAUCGAGCUGCUGGGCUACGAGAAAAGGUUUUUCCCCAGCCAGCACUAUGUGAGUACACAGCAACCUUCCAGCAAGUGAAGAGCGAGGACUGGGCGGGGUAAAAAGCCUGCCCAGCAAAUUUCCUGAGAUAAAUGUGACCGAGGGCCUAAGAACAUCCUUUUUGGAGGGGUCAUGGAUGAUGGCAUGAGCUGGAGGCAAUCAGAGACUAAAAUGUCCUAAACACACAAGAUUUUGGGCACCUCCUUUGCAAGGUGUUGGUUACUUCACAGGCUUGGAAAGCACUUUUUCCUCUUUGACUGCCACCCAUCCGGAUGUUUCUGUCCCCUCUCCAUCCAUGCUGAGUUCCUUAGUGCCCAACUUGCUCGAUGACAAGGCAGAGCUAUUUGCAUGGGGUGGUGGAAGGAAAACACAGUUUAUCUGAAACUGGAACAUUUGUGGGGCUCCCCAGGCACAGCACAGUGUGGGGUCCCACUCACCUGCAGAGCUUCAACCUCUGCUUUGCCCUUCAGGUCUACAUGUUCCUGGUGAAGUGGAAUGACCUAUCCGAAAAGGUUGUCUACCGCCGCUUUACUGAGAUAUACGAGUUCCAUGUGAGUCCUUGCAGGACAGGCACUGUCCCCUGGCCCAGCAUACCAGGGCUCAAGAAAGUGCUGAAGGAGAUGUUCCCCAUUGAAUCCGGGGAUAUCAACACAGAGAACCGGAUCAUCCCACACUUGCCAGCCCCAAAGUGGUUUGAUGGGCAGCGCUCGACUGAGAACAGGCAGGGCACGCUGGCCGAGUACUGCUACACACUGGUCAACCUGCCCCACAAGAUCUCUCGAUGCCUGCAUGUGGUCAGCUUCUUCAAGGUCCGCCAUGAUGACAUGAACCCUGUCACGGACAGCCAGAUCAAGAAGCCUGAGGUCUUCCUCCUGCCAAAGGAUUCCAAGCAAAGCCUUACUGACAUCACAGGCCCCAUCGUCCUGCAAACCUAUCGAGCCAUCGCUGACUAUGAGAAGAGCUCCACGUCCGAGAUGGCUCUAAAAGCUGGGGACAUGGUGGAUGUCGUGGAGAAGAGCGAGAAUGGCUGGUGGUUUUGCCAGUUGAAGAAUAAACGGGGCUGGGUGCCUGCUGCCUAUCUGGAGCCGAUGGAUGGUCCUGAUGAGUCUGAAGAACAGGAGCCCAACUAUGCAGGUGAGUCGUAUGUGGUCCAGAAAAGCUACUCAGCUGUGGAAGAGGAUGAGCUGACCCUCAAGGAGGGUGAUACAAUUGAAGUCAUCCACAAGCUCCUUGAUGGCUGGUGGGUCAUCAGGAAGGAUGAAACCACGGGUUAUUACCCCUCCAUGUACCUGCAGAAAGCUGGAGAGGUAAACUCUGUGAAGAGUGAACUGAGGAACCGGAGUGCUCCUCCACGGAGAUCCACCAUCCAAAAUGCGAAGAGCAUCCAUAAGCAGGGCCGGAAGCAGAUCAGCCAGGAGACUUACAGGAGGAACAGCAAGAAGUACAUCCAGAGCCAGUGGAACAUGCAGGGAAAUUCCCAGAACAAGGCCAAUGUCAUCAUUGAGAAAAAUGAGCCACAAGACAACAAGGCCAAGGCUCAACCUGCUGUUCCUCCUCGUCCCAGCAAAGAUCUCAUUUUGAACCGCUGCACUGAGAGGACCCGGAGGAAGAUCCUGUGAGGAUCCCCUGAGCCCCCACACCAGACACCCACUGCUUCAUCUCCUCCAGCCCCUGCACAGCCAGGGCUUGGAGCCAGACCAGGGAUCCAUGUGGUUCUGGCAGCCACCACAGGCCACAGGGGACUGCUGGGCAAAUUGGCACAGACCUGUGCCCGCUCUCAUCCUCCAUCAUGGCCAGCCCAAGGUGUCCUGGUGGCAUUGUGAGGAGGGACCGGCCCUGCUCCACCAGCUCCAAGGGGCUGAGACCUCACAGCCACCAGGACCCCUCAUCUCUAGAUCCCCUUUUAUCACCUCUUUGUGUUUUGAAUGAUUUUGUGGUUUUCAUCAAUAAAGGAGAGACACUUGAUAGA